CCCCGCCGCCCUCCCUGCCCUACCCACCCUUCCCGCGCUUCCGACCCUGACGCCCUCGGUUCGUCUACGAGGAAACUUUUCUGCAGCGUCCGAAGAUGGAGCCGACCGGCAUGGAUUAUUUCUGCGAGCAGGUACAGCAGAAGGACGUGAGCCGUAGGAUGCAGGUCGGCCAAGAGCUGCUGGAGUACCUGGGCGACCCGGCGAGGUCCCCCGAUCUGGAGCAGGACCAGCAGCGCCUUGCCAAAGUGAUCGACGAAUUAACAGCGUGGGUCAACUCCAGUAAUUUUAAGGUAGCACUACUGGGUUUAGAUGUUUUAGGUACCCUUGUUGACAGACUAUCAGGAUGCUUUAAACCCUAUAUAGGAACUGUUCUCCUGCCUUUGAUAGAUCGUAUGGGAGAUGCCAAAGACCAAGUUCGAGAACAAGCACAGAAUCUUAUAUUGAAACUGAUGUGUGAAACAGCACCACCCAUGUACAUUUGGGAACGCCUUGCUGUUGGUUUUAAACACAAGAAUUACCGAUCCCGAGAAGGAGUGUGUUUGUGUCUUGUUGCUACCUUAAACAUUUGUGGUGCACAACCAUUGAUUCUCAGCAAAUUGGUACCACAUCUGUGUAUUGCAUUUGGUGACUCCAGCAGUCAGGUGAGAGAUGCUGCCAUAUUAGCCAUUGUAGAGGUUUAUAGACAUGUGGGAGAGAAAGUGCGAAUAGAUCUUACAAAAAGAGGAAUUCCUUCUGGAAGGUUGCAAACCAUCUUUGCAAAAUUUGAUGAAGUAAGAAACUCUGACAAUAUGAUUUUAAGUAACGUCAGUGACAAAAGCUUUGAUGAUGAAGAGUCAGUGGAUGGAAAUAGGCCAUCAUCAGCUGCUUCAGCCUUCAAGGUUCCGGCACCUAAAAAGCCAGGAAAUCCUUCAAACAGUGCAAGAAAGCCAGGAUCAGUUGGUGGGCCUAAGGUUGGAGGUUCCUCUAAAGAAGGAGGAGCUGGAGCUGUGGAUGAGGAUGAUUUUAUUAAGGCGUUUACAGAUGUUCCUACUGUACAGAUCUAUUCUAGUCGAGAACUUGAAGAAACAUUGAACAAAAUCAGGGAAAUUCUCUCAGAUGACAAACAUGAUUGGGAUCAGCGAACUAAUGCGCUGAAGAAGGUUCGGUCCUUGCUUGUUGCUGGAGCUGCACAGUACGAUGGGUUUUUCCAGCAUUUACGGCUGUUGGAUGGUGCUUUCAAGCUGUCAGCCAAGGAUCUCAGAUCCCAGGUUGUUAGAGAAGCCUGCAUUACUGUAGCCCACCUUUCAACUGUUCUGGGAAACAAGUUUGAUCAUGGAGCUGAAGCAAUUGUGCCUACUCUUUUUAACCUGGUUCCCAAUAGCGCCAAAGUGAUGGCAACCUCUGGGUGCGCUGCCAUCAGGUUCAUUAUUCGGCAUACUCAUGUGCCACGACUCAUACCUUUAAUAACAAGCAACUGUACUUCAAAAUCAGUUGCAGUUAGAAGGCGCUCCUUUGAAUUUUUAGACCUGUUAUUACAAGAGUGGCAAACACAUUCACUGGAAAGGCAUGCAGCUGUUUUGGUUGAAACAAUCAAGAAGGGCAUUCAUGAUGCUGAUGCAGAAGCAAGAGUGGAGGCAAGAAAGGCGUAUCUGGGUCUUAGAAAUCACUUUCCUAAUGAAGCUGAGACUCUGUACAAUUCUCUGGAGCCACCUUAUCAAAGAAGCCUUCAGACCUACUUGAAGAAUUCUGGCAGUAUAGCAUCUCUCCCUCAGUCAGACAGGUCAUCCUCUAGCUCACAGGAAAGCCUCAAUCGUCCUCUAUCAUCUAAAUGGUCUGCAGCCGGCCCAACAAGUCUUGCAGGCAGAGUGUCAGGCAGCACCAAGGGCAUCCCAAACCUGGGUACCCUGCAGAGGUCUCGCAGUGACAUCGAUGUGAACGCUGCCACAGGUGCAAAGGCCCGCCAUGCUGCUGGACAGACAGCUGGAGCUGGGCGCCUGUCAGCAACUGGGCUGCCCCCGGGGUCCUAUGCCUCCCUAGAGGAUACUUCUGACAAGAUGGAUGGAACAGCUUCUGAAGAUGGUCGUAUACGAUCAAAGCUCUCAACCCCUUCUGUUGGUAUUGGAAAUUCUAAAACAGAUUCCAGAGGACGGAGUAGAACCAAAGUGGUGUCACAAUCUCAGCGUUCAUCAUCGCCAGACCAAAAUGAAGGAUCACAGUCUGCUAACCCCAUUGGUGCUGGCAGUAGGUCUGGGUCUCCUGGAAGAGUUCUGACCACAACCACACUUUCCACUAUGAACACAGGAGUUCAGAGAGUGUUGGUGAAUCCUGCAGCUGCACCAAAACGGAGCAAAAUCCCACGAAGUCAGGGAUGCAGUAGAGAAGCUAGUCCUUCUAGGCUGUCAGUAGCACGAGGCAGCCGCAUUCCUAGGCCUAGUGUGAGUCAGGGCUGCAGCAGGGAGGCCAGCCGUGAAAGUAGCAGGGACACAAGCCCUGUCCGCUCUUUCCCACCCCUCGCUUCCAGACAUCACUCCAGAUCUACUGGUGCCCUCUACGCUCCUGAUGCUUAUGGGGCCACAGGUACUGGCUUUGGAAUUAGUCAGUCAAGUAGGUUGUCAUCAUCAGUCAGUGCUAUGCGAGUUCUGAACACAGGUUCGGAUGUGGAAGAGGCAGUAGCAGAUGCUUUGCUCUUAGGAGACAUACGGACUAAGAAGAAGCCUGUGCGAAGAAGAUAUGAGUCGUAUGGGAUGUACUCAGAUGAUGAUGCCAACAGUGAUGCAUCAAGUGCCUGUUCAGAAAGGUCUUAUAGCUCCAGGAAUGGGAGCAUACCGACAUACAUGAGGCAGACAGAAGAUGUGGCUGAAGUCCUGAACCGCUGUGCCAGCACCAACUGGUCAGAGAGGAAAGAAGGCCUUCUAGGCCUUCAGAACUUACUAAAGAACCAAAGAACUCUAAGUCGUGUUGAGUUGAAAAGAUUGUGUGAGAUCUUCACAAGAAUGUUUGCUGAUCCUCACAGUAAGAGAGUGUUCAGUAUGUUUUUGGAGACACUGGUUGACUUCAUCCAGAUCCAUAAAGAAGAUCUGCAGGACUGGCUGUUUGUGCUGCUGACACAGCUGUUGAAAAAAAUGGGUGCUGAUUUGCUUGGGUCUGUACAAGCAAAAGUCCAGAAGGCACUUGAUGUCACAAGGGAAUCUUUUCCAAAUGACCUCCAGUUCAGUAUUUUAAUGAGAUUUACUGUUGACCAGACUCAAACACCUAGUCUGAAGGUCAAAGUUGCAAUCCUUAAAUACAUUGAAACUCUUGCACAACAAAUGGAUCCAGGAGAUUUUGUGAAUUCAAGUGAAACUAGGUUAGCAGUGUCUCGAAUUAUCACCUGGACCACAGAACCUAAAAGCUCAGAUGUUAGGAAGGCUGCACAGUCAGUGCUGAUUUCCCUUUUUGAGCUCAACACUCCAGAGUUCACAAUGCUGUUGGGUGCUUUACCAAAAACAUUUCAGGAUGGAGCCACAAAGCUUCUCCAUAAUCAUCUCCGGAAUACAGGCAACAGUGGUCAGGGAUCAGUGGGAAGUCCUUUAACAAGACCUACUCCACGCUCCCCGGCAAGUUGGGCAAGUCCUCUCACUUCCCCAACCAAUACAUCACAGAACGCUUUGUCACCAAGUGCAUUUGACUAUGACACUGAAAACAUGAAUUCUGAAGAUAUUUACAGCUCUCUUCGUGGAGUCACUGAAGCCAUUCAGAAUUUCAGUUUUCGUAGUCAGGAAGAUAUGAAUGAGCCUGUAAAACGAGAUGCUAAAAAAGAUGAUGGUGAUUCGAUUUGCAGUGCUUCUGGAAUAGUGGACAUACGAGCAGGAAGUGGUGUGAGUGAUACAGGUCGGACAGCUCUGGAUAACAAAACAUCAUUACUCAACACGAUGCCUCCCCACUCCUCACCACGCUCACGAGAUUACAACCCAUACAAUUAUUCUGAUGGUAUCUGUCCGUUUAAUAAAUCUGCUUUGAAAGAAGCCAUGUUUGAUGAUGAUGCAGAGCAGUUUCCUGAUGAACCUCCCAUGGACCAUUCUGAUCUGGUUGCAGAGCUACUGAAAGAGUUGUCAAACCACAAUGAGAGAGUUGAAGAAAGAAAGGCUGCCCUGUAUGAGCUCAUGAAAUUAACUCAGGAGGAGUCUUUUGGUGUUUGGGAUGAGCACUUCAAAACAAUACUACUUCUGCUGCUUGAAACGCUUGGAGAUAAAGAGCAUGCAAUUAGAGCUUUGGCACUGAAAGUUCUAAGAGAAAUCCUAAGAAACCAACCAGCAAGGUUUAAGAAUUAUGCAGAGCUCACAAUCAUGAAGACAUUAGAAGCGCAUAAGGAUCCUCAUAAGGAGGUGGUGAGAUCUGCUGAAGAAGCUGCUUCCAUGCUGGCCACUUCCAUUAGCCCAGAUCAGUGCAUCAAAGUUCUCUGUCCAAUUAUCCAAACUGCAGAUUACCCCAUUAAUCUGGCUGCAAUCAAAAUGCAGACAAAAGUUAUAGAAAGAGUGUCUAAAGAAACCCUUACUCAACUUUUACCAGAGAUUGUGCCAGGUCUAGUACAGGGUUAUGAUAAUUCAGAGAGCAGUGUUCGUAAGGCAUGUGUUUUCUGCCUUGUAGCCGUUCAUGCAGUAAUUGGUGAUGACCUAAAACCACAUCUCAGUCAACUCACUGGCAGUAAAAUGAAAUUACUGAAUCUUUACAUCAAACGUGCACAAACAGGCUCUGGAGCAGGGGAUACAGCAGCAGAUAUGUCUGGACAAAGCUAAUGAAACUGACAAGAGUUAACCAGCUCUCCUAAAGCAAGGGCCCUCUUCAGUGAAAAGAAAAUCCUUACGUGCAUCUUCUGGAACUUUUUUCUUGUUUUGUUUUGGUUCUUCCCCUCCCUUUCUUUUGUUAUUUUUCUUUUGUUUGGGGUUUUGGGGUUUUUUCUUUAACCGACAGCUGUCCUCAGCCUGCAUGAGACUGUUGCAAUAGAAUUAUUCCAAACCUAAGGAAAAACAGUAUUAACAUCAAUUGAUCAAAGCAGAAUAAAAUUCUAAAAUAAUCUUACCCAUCAGUUAUCCUGUUCAUAAUCCUCUGUGUCUUCCCAUUAACUUUUGCCAGUGUUACUGUAUUUAAAAAAAGAGAUUUUUUUAAAAUGCUAAAUAAAAAGGUAUGCUUUAAGCUUCAGAAGUUAAAAUAUAAAUUCUGUUGCUUUUCUUCAGCUGCAGAUAACACUACCUUUUUAUUGCUGUUUUGUUUGAGUAUCAUGUCCUUCACUAGAAACAAGAAGUGAUGUGAAACAAGGCUGAACUGCAGUGAAACUCAUUCACUGUGUUGGUGGUUCAUCAUCUUAUUUAUAGCUUGUUUUGGAUAUUCUGGAGAUUGAGAAGUAUGCCUAUAAAAGAAAACUGGAUUGAUCCAGUUCCGUCACAGUGAUAUUGUUCAUCAGUUGUAUGUUUGUUGCAUAAAUAAGAAUUUAGUGUGCACAGCAGAGGACUGGUACAACCAGUACCUCUUAAUGUGAAAGACAGCCCUGUCAAGGCAGCACUGCCAACCUAGUGAUAGUGUGGCAGCCUGCUGGUGAGCAGCAGAGUUCAUGGUCAUUUGAUGGACGUGAACCAUCCUUGUCACCUUUCGUUCUUCAAGCAGGAUGCUUCAGAAUGGAGUGCUCUACCCAAGCAUGCUCAGUAUGUAUUUAUCACUAGAAUGUUUCCUCUCAACCUAAUUGCUGGAACAAAUAGUCUCGUAUUGUAACUCACAUGGGGUCUUAUGACAACAAUGCAGACAAAAUAUUUAUUCCUUACCUUCCAAAAAGCACCAAGAUUUUCUGCAUUGAAUUUAAAUGGGGGGAGGGGGGAAUAGUCACAAAUGCUAUGGAUCUCACCACCUUUUAAUUUAAAGAAAAAUAUGUAUUUUGGAUGAGUAGAAAAAGCUGCACCAAAUUAUUUGCAUGGUUUUCUCGAAUAGCAUCCUCAAGACCUAUCUGGAUUAAGAUGUGGAAAUGUUUCAGGGGUUUGUUUUUCCAUUUUUGAAAAAGCGUUACUAUAUUGUGAAUAAUGGUUCUUUGUAUUUAUGAAGUUGAUAAUGGAAAGAGAGCAAAGAUAAGUAAAUGUGUCCCUAAAUGUUGUCUUUUUCUUUUUUUUCUUGUUUUUUUUUAAUAUAAGCAGCAAGCUAAGUAAGAAAUGGGAUUAAACAAUGCCCUUCCCAGGAAUAUUGGAACCUUUUUUCCUGACUUUUUUUUUCCCUUUGACUGUGAUGUUGUCUAGUUGUAGGAAGUGUAUCUUGAUAAGAGAGAAAAAGAGAAAAAGAGAAAAGUGGUGCCAAGAGUGAUGAUCUAUGCCAGGCUAAAAUUCUCUCUGCCUCUUCAGGGUGACUAAUUUUUUGACCGAGCUGCUGCAUAGCGCCUAGUAGAAGAACUAUCUACAGAAAAGUCUUUUUCUUUUUUUUUCCCAAAUUAUCACUUAAUAUUAUUCAAAACUUUAUUCUUCAACAUUGCAGCCAAAUAUCGUAAGAAACUACUUACACACUACCUGCUAGGAACCCUGAAAAGCAAAACUGAAUCAAAAAUUAAGUCAUACACUUGUAGUUAAAAGGAAAGAUUGUUUUUUAGUUUGAAGUGAAAGUGAUAGAAAGAGCUAAGAUGUGGUUAUUCAAGAAGCGAUACCAUUGCAGAGAUUUAUUUGGAGGAAAAGUUGUAGAAAUAUACGUAAAGACUUAAACUCAAGACUGUCAUAACUCGUUGCUAGCCCUUUUUAGCAGCUACAUGAAGAAAAUAGUAUCUCCUCCUUUUUUUCCUUUGUUACAUGUAACAUCCUUGUUGUUUUCUACUGUUUAAUUACAUUGUGUAUUUAUAGUUCUAUGCUUCCAUUGUGCAUAUACUGGCAAUAAAAUGUACAUAACAUUACUUAAAAGAUUA